AUAUGGUUCCGCUUGGACAACAUGGCCACCUGACAUCAAUCAAACUGGCGCUCCAUUACAAUGUAUCUCUACUACAUCCACUGAAAUUGCCGCAUUAUGUAUGCUCACAGAGAAUCUCAAUCCAUACACAACAGCAACUAUUCACACAGACUCUCUAUCUACCAUACAGGGUUUCAACACCAACAUCACCAAUAGAAACAGUCUCAGCAGUAGGAAAACUCUCCAAUACACCAACUGGCCAUAUUGGAAAAUUAUCAACGACUCCAUAA